UGUAGUAUAAUAUUAUUAGCGUCUGUGCCUUUAAAAGACGUGCACUGUAAUUCCUCUCCUUGAUUCUGCGCCGGUAUUUAAACUCAAGCUAACAAUUCGCCGGUCCUGUUGAUCAGCAGAUGAAAUGUCCUUCUCACUCAAUGCAGACACAAACCAUUGGGCUAUCCAUUCGGCACCAUCUAAAGAAAGGCUAACACCUCAUACCGGAAUCUGAGGKUUUUUUUACGCCUUGAUGUGCAUGAUACGGCGUAAUAUGACUCACCAUCACCUUCUGCAUAUUCUGGUAUUUAUCAGUUUAUAACUUUUCUGCUGCGUUAUGCAUAAUUUGGUGAUCAUUGUACUUUUUGGUGCGCUACUCUGUGCGCUCCACCAGUGCUUGGAGUGCCCAUCAGGCUGCGGAUGCUUUGCUGACACGCGCACAGUGAAAUGCGUCUCCAAGGACCUUCGCGCCUUACCACAAGAUAUUCCAGGAUACACAAGGAAUGUGAUCAUCACAGGAAAUAAUAUAUUCAGAAUUGGAUCAGAGACGUUUCAAGACCUGAAAAAUGUCACCACCAUCAUUUUGAGCAACAAUAGGAUCACAGAGGUUGCGUCCCACAGCUUCUCUACCCUUUCUUACCUGCGCUCCCUGGACAUGAGCUGCAACCAUCUGGCUCUCAUCCACCCUGAAGCCCUCAACAUCCCAGGGAGUCCUCUAAAGGAGCUUAACCUCAGCCGCUCCCUGUAUAACUACACCUCACUGACUGAUCUCACCACCGCACUGCGCUGGGGAGGCCUAGGUGGGCUGCUCAGCCUAGACCUCUCCGGGAACCGCCUGGUCUUCCUACCCCCAGGGAUGUUCUCCCACCUCCCCAGCCUGCAGCACCUCCUCCUGGGUAACAACUCCCUAGCAUCAGUCUACAACGGCACCUUCUUUGGCCUGCGCCGCCUGGAGCUGCUCGACCUGACCCGCAACUCUUUCAGGGUGUUCGGAAGCGAUGCUCUGGGUGAGCUGGAGAGGCUGGUGCAAGCCCCCCGCAUCCUGCUGAGCCACAACCCCUAUGUCUGCACAUGUGAGAUCCAAGACUUUGCCGUGUGGCUCAAGAGCUCCCGGGCUCAGGUGGGGGAUGCAGAAGCCCUGACCUGCGCCUCACCCUGGGAGUUUCAGGAUAGGCCCCUGCAAGGGCUCGGGGUCCAAGUUAUCGGAUGCCAUGUCACUUCACCACCUCUGGUCGGAAUCAGAGACGAGGUGGACAACCUCUCCCUGCAGACCUCCUAUGUCCUCCUGGGUCUGGUGCUGGGCUUUGUGGGCAUGGUCUUCCUCUUUGUGCUCUACCUCAACCGGCAAGGUAUUAAAAAGUGGGUGGUGGAGACGCGAGAUGCCUGCCAUGAAGUGUUGGAGGGGUAUCAACACCGCUAUGAGACCGACACUGACCCACGCCGGGAAUACCUCUCAAAAGACGUCAGAGUCGAAGAGAUGCCACCGACAAACGGUAGUUUUGGACAGGCUCACUCCGAUAACCGCUUAUCACAGCUACCCACUGACACCUGUUUAGUUCAGAUCUCCUCAGACACACAGGUCAAGCCAGGCUCCAUCUCGGUGGAUUUGUGAUUCCUCAUUCCCUGGAAUGGAACUGGACUGGAGGGGACUUGCAUUCAGGGUUGGGUAGGUUACUUUCUAAAUGUAAUCUGUUACAGUUUAGUUACCUGUCCAAAAUUGUAAUCAGUAAUGUAACUUUUGGAUUACCCAAACACAGUAAUGUAAUCGGAUUACUUUCCCCUUAUUAGAAGUAGACAAAAAAGGAUCAACACACACACGUGGUCUCUGACUUGUGGUCACACUCGCUCAGUUGGAACAAACUUAAACCUGUGCUUUUAUCAAUGCUGAAUUAAAUGUCAUUGAGAAAACAGCAAACAUCCUUUCUGAAUUUGAAAGUAAUCCAACAAGUAAUCAUCUAGUUUUUUUU